AUGGGCGCUGGUUUCGCCACGUGCUGCAACUCGACCUCGGAAUCGGCUGAGCUCAAGGUCGGUUCGUCUGCUUUGGGGGGUGAUGGCGUCUCAUCGUCGAUGGUUGUUGUGGAUGCGAAGGAAUUCGGUGCUCGGUAUAAUGCAAGAUCCACGGCUAGAAGGAUGCAGAGGUCACCCACCAAGGUCCAAGAGAAGAGUGCAGUCACUGAUCUUCCGAUUUGUCCACUGCAUGGAGUGACCCUGGCCUUCCUGGAGGAGUUUGGCGACACACACAAGUCCAAGGUCAGCCAGGAAAACUUUUCUAUAGGUGGAUUGUGCUUCCACAUCAUCAAGCCACUGACCAUGUUCAAGCGCGGCAAGUUGUGUAUGUCUGUGGAGGAAGCCGAUGAGCUGCUGUCUUACGCCGAGGUCGGCUUCCAACAGGACUUGAAGGACAAAAAGAAGCAGCCCUGCUUCAUCACCAUGGCACAUCACUUUGUCUCGCAUGCUUGGAGGUAUAACUAUUCCACUUUUUUGGAUGCACUUGAAACUUGGGAUGCGCGGAAAGGCGGUGGUGUCACGACAUACUUCUGGGUGGACGCAUUCGUGGUCAACCAGCACAUUGCUGAUUCUUAUCCCAUGGAAUGGUGGUCUACACGGUUCGCCCAAGCUGUUGGCGAUGUUGGGAGCACCAUCCUUGUCUCCAUGCCCUGGGAGGACCCCACUCCGUUGAAGCGAGUUUGGGUCAUCUGGGAGAUCUUCUGCGCAUACCAGACGGGCGCCCGAUUCGACAUUGCCAUGCCCAAGAAGGAACUGGAUGGUUUCAGGGCAGCACUGAUUACGUCCUUCCCCAAAGUGCAGACCGCUUUGAGCAAAGUGGAUGUGGAGCUUAGCAGUGCUUUCCACAAAAGCCACCAGGAUAUGGUUCAUGACGAGAUCAGGCGAACAAUAGGAUUCACAAAGCUGAACGAAAUGGUUCAGCUGCGCAUGACACGCUGGCUUAUUGGCAUGGCCACCAGUGAGUUGCAGAGCAUGAAGGAGAACGCAACUUCGGCAAACUGGAAGGAUCGCAUGGGCCUGCAGGACAAUCUAGCACGUAUGCUCCGAGAAAGCGGGAAUUUUUCGGGCGCCGAGUUUUACUUCAAGGAGCUUUUGGCAGAGGUCGAGAAAAAGCAAGGGAAAGAUCACGUGAUGGCCAUGAGUGCCUUGAACCAGCUCGCAGUCACUUUGCAGAAGGGACACCAGAUAGAGGAGGCCAUGGAGCGGCACAGAGACUGCUUGCAGCGUCGUCGGCGAAUUCUUGGAGAGAACCACGAGGAAACCCUGCAAAGCGUCUCCAACUUGGCCGUGUUGCUGAGCUUACGCAGGCCCCUGACUGUCGAGAUCUUUGACGAAGCUCGAUCUCUUUACAGCUUGGCCGUGAAGGGCCGAGAGGCAACCAUCGGGGCAAAGGAUCCCAGGACGCUAUACACGCAGAGCAACUUCGCGCGUUUUCUGUCGGAGGCGCCGGUACCUUCGGCAGAGCUUUUUGCAGAGUCCGAGCAGCUCCAUGAGCGUGCGGUGGAAAAUCUCACAGCUGCUCUGCAACAGGGGCACCCGCUGACGCUGGCAUCUCUUCACAACCAAGCCUGUUCUUGGAUUGACCGAUGCUUCCACGAGGAGGGCAGCCUCACAGGAAAGCGUGUCGACACAGCUGUGGAACAGCUCCGCUUAGUGCACAAGCUGCGGAUUGAAAAGCUUGGCAAGGAGCACCCGGACACGCAGCAGACAGAAAAGAAAAUCUCAGAGAUCAACAGCCUCCAGAAACAGAUGGAGAAGGAUGGCAGCAACCCUGGAGCCAUGGAGGCUUUUGGCACAUGGCAGGACCUGUUCAAUGCCCACUUCGAAGAAGUGUGCACAGCAGAACAGUUCAGAAAGGUCCGCACCUACAUGUUUGACACGGGUGCUGAUUUGGUUUUCGAAGAACUGCUGCAAGCUGGUUUCCUGAGCGAGGAUGGCAUGCUCACGGCAGGUAUGCAGCCGUACAACUUCAUGGCCCGCAUCAUCACAGGUGACCUUGUCCAGCGCAAAUGUCAGACGGAACAGACAUUCUUGGGCGAGUACGGAAGCCGAUUCGUCAUCGCGCACAACAAACCUGAGAGUGAAGACAUGUGGUCAAGCUCCGAUCCGAGCUGGAUUGGAAAGGCGAGCAUGUCCAAAAACCACCGGUUCAUGGCUUUCAGAGAUCUGCGAUGGGAGUUCUGCAACAUACUGUCCGUCGGCAUCGACAGCGGUUCGGCGCAUGGCUUGGCAAAGCUGCAGGACAUGAAGAACGCCGCGGUGCACUGGGUUCAACAUGCACCUGGCUGGUCCCCACCGGAAAAGACGGCGUUCCUUCUCGCGGUCUGGCCUUUGACUGGCGUUCCCUGCUUGCACCUCCACAUAGUUGACCUUUCCUGUUCAGGCCCAUCCUUUGAGAGGCCAUUUGCACUGGCCGUGGGCAUUUUGUGUGGCAUUUGUUCAAGCUCUGGUUCUGUUCUGGCGGGUCGCGUAUCCAAAAUGUCUUCUUUUGUGUCAAAAUGUCUUUUUUUUAUGUUUGAUUUCAGUCUCGGCUCACACAUUUGA